GGUUCAUUGACCCCUUCAUUUAAUCUGCAGUGGAGUUCUUAGUUUCAACACAAUAUACAUUGUACAUCAUGCUUUCUACAAUUGACGAGAUGCCAUCUGUGGCUAUAUUCUGCCCUCAAAGCAAAGCUCCACAGAAAACUUACCUUGAUCGACUACACUCUUUCCUUUGCCGGAACCCAUUCUUGAAACCUUUUGUUCGAGAUAUUCAAGAUCUUCCACAAACUUGGGAAACUUUCGCAAAUUACAGGGAAGAUAUUGCGGCUCUCAACCAAGGGCCAAGAUAUAUGAAGAAUUUGUCUGAAUGGAUUACAACUGGCGAAUCUGAACCCAUUGCAAACGCAAUGUCCGGCAUACUAUCUUUACCUCUUUUAGUCAUAAUUCAAAUUGGACAGUACUUUCAAUUUCUUGAAUUGAAAGGUAUGAAGCAUUUUGAGUUUCUCAAUCAACUUCGAAACGGGGGAGGAGUUCAAGGAUAUUGUGGUGGUUUGUUACCAGCUAUGGUAAUCGCGUGCUCGAAGGAUGAAACAGAAUUGGCGAGAUAUGCAUCUGUAGCCAUGCGUAUUGCCCUUGGAAUAGGGGCAUAUGGAGAGUUGGGCGAUGACGAAAGUAUUCCAGGACCAACAACAAUUGUCGUUCGCUUGAAAAAUGUAGGACAAGGGGAAGAGAUCGUGUCAAAAUUUCCAGGUGUACACAUUUCCGCUGUCACUGACCCAAAGACUAUCAGUAUGGUAGGUUCAGUGCCAGUACUUGCUAAAGUACAAGCAUAUGCUCGCGAGCAAGGUCUACUUGUACAAGAAAUGCACCUUCGAGGAAAAGUACACAAUCCUGAGAAUGAGGAUCUUUCAAUAGAAUUGUGCGGUCUAUGUGAUAAAAUAGAUUUCUUGCAACUUCCACCGGUAUCCGCUCUGCAGGCACCAAUGAGAUCGAAUAGAACGGGACACCUAUUCGAAAAUGAAUCUCUCAGCCAUGAGGCCGUACAGACGAUCUUGGCAUCUAGGUGUGAGUGGUAUACUCUUCUUACAGAACUAGCAGAUGAUCUUGAGAAGAGUGGAAGGAAAUCACAUGUUUUCGCAACGUUUGGAAUUGGCGAUUGUGUCCCGUUGGCGCCAUUCCAUAAGAAACAAUUGCGGAUCACCAAACUCGAUGUCCUUAGCGCAAUCAACAAAGCUGUUCCAUCGGCACUUAAAUUACAGAAAGACUCGCAUUAUGCAUUCCCUAGUGAUGCCGUAGCCGUGAUUGGGGCUUCAUGUCGUCUACCCGGUGCAAACAAUCUGGAAGAACUUUGGGAUCUCAUAUCAAAAGGAACCUCAGUUGCGAAAGAAGUUCCUAAUGAUCGUUUUGAUAUACAUCAUAGUUUUAGAGCUUCACAAGACUGGAAAUUCGCCGGCAAAAGAAAGUUCUUUGGUAACUUUUUGGAGAACGUGGAAGAUUUUGAUCAUGCUUUUUUUCGCACAAAUCCAAGAGAAGCGGUAAACAUGGAUCCUCAGCAAAGAAUUCUGCUCGAGCUUGCGUAUGAAGCAAUGGAGUCCAGCGGGUACCUACGUUCCCAUAAACGCGAGAACAAUGAUCCGAUAGGAUGCUUCAUAGGCGCUAGCUUUGUGGAAUACCUCGAUAACACAAACUCGAACGCACCAACUGCUUAUACAUCGACUGGGACUAUCAGGGCGUUUCUAUGCGGUAAAAUAAGUUACUACUUUGGAUGGAGUGGUCCGUCAGAAGUUAUCGAUACUGCAUGCUCUUCUUCACUAGUGGCAAUUCAUCGAGCAGUUCGGGCCAUACAAAGCGGAGAAUGCCCAAUGGCUUUGACUGGUGGGAUCAACAUAAUGACUGGCAUCAACAAUUAUUUAGAUCUGGCAAAAGCUGGAUUUCUGAGUCCUACAGGGCAAUGCAAACCAUUCUGUGAGUCGGCUGAUGGAUAUUGCAGAGCCGAGGGAGGUGGUUUGAUUGUCUUGAAAUUAUUGAAACAGGCGGUUGCAGAUGGGGAUCAAAUUCUCAGUGUCAUUCCUGGAGCGGCAACCAAUCAAGGAGGUUUAUCAUCUUCACUUACCAUUCCUUCGUCCCCGGCGCAAGUCCAGUUAUAUCAAAACAUAUUAAAUAAAGCCAAAAUGAAAGCGGACCAGGUCUCCUAUGUCGAGGCUCAUGGUACUGGGACCCAAGCUGGUGACCCACUUGAAGUAGCAAGCAUUCGAGAAGUGUUUGGAGGAUCCGAAAGAACCAAUUCUCUAUACUUGGGAUCUAUCAAGGGAAACAUUGGACAUUGCGAGACAGGAGCGGGAGUUGCUGGCUUAGUGAAACUAAUUGCAAUGAUUAACAAAGGAGUCAUCCCACCUCUCGCGAGUCACAAUAACCUGAAUCCAAAAAUCCCAGCUCUGGAGCCAGAUCGAAUGGCAAUUACAACAAAAGCUAUACCGUGGAUUGCUAAAUUUCGGGCGGCUUGUGUGAAUAGUUAUGGAGCUGCUGGAAGUAAUGCUGCCAUGCUGUUAUGUGAAGGUCCACGGCAAUACAUAGAAGCACCGAAGACUCCACUUCAGUUCGGCGCAAAAUAUCCAGUUAUUCUAAGUGCGUCGACAAAAGAUAGCUUAUUGAAAUAUGCGAGAAUUCUCGGAGAGUAUCUUGCAGUUGCAUCGCCGAAACCGAGUCUAGAUGAUUUGGCGUUUACAUUGAGUGAACGUAGGGAACAUCAUAAAUUUCGCUGCAUUACAACAGCGUCAGACAUCGAUCAGCUCAUUCAAAUAUUGAGAGCGGAUUCUCAAUCGUGUUUUGAGAUCCCACAAGCGCCAAAGCAUACUGUCCUAGUUUUUGGAGGUCAAAGUAAACAAAUAGUUGGACUUGACAAAAACUUGUAUCAAUCUCACCCCCAACUUCGAGGGUACAUUGAUAAUUGCAACAAUCUUGUUACAAAUCUUGGCUUUUCAGCUAUCUUGCCAGCGGUAUUUCAAUCUGAGCCAAUCACAGAUAUUGUUGCACUUCAAUGUGGUACUUUUGCGAUGCAAUAUGCAUGCGCGAAAUGUUGGAUUGACGCAGGACUGAGAAUAGAUGCAGUAGUGGGUCAUAGUUUCGGCGAAUUGACUGCUAUGACUGUAGCUGGAGUACUAUCACUACAAGACGGAUUGAAAUUGAUCGCUACUCGAGCUUCAUUGAUGCAAAUGAAGUGGGGUCCGGAAAGGGGAACAAUGCUCGCAAUUCAUGCGAACAAAGAGCUUGUACAAGAGAUCAUAGCAUGUAUUGACUUAGGAGCUAGAGAACUGGAAAUAGCCUGUCUCAAUGCUCCAACAAGUCAUAUUGUUGUUGGUAAUUUAUCGUCGAUAACCAAAGCCGAGGAGUUGCUAAAAAUCGAUUCUCGAUUUAACUGUAUUAAAUCUCAACGACUUGACGUAAGUCACGGCUUUCAUUCCAAGUUCACAGAAUCACUUUUAAGCGAUAUUGAUGAGUUUUCAAAGACCUUGACAUUCAAUCAAGCAAAAAUUCCACUAGAGAGCUGUACUUUAGAACCCCUGGAUGAGAUAUUGCCAGGUCGCCUUUCAAAGCACACCAGAGAUCCUGUCUACUUCCUCCAUGCCAUUCGAAGAAUCGAGCAACGUUUAGGACCGUGUGUAUUUCUAGAAGCUGGAAUGGAUUCCCCGGGGAUAGCAAUGACUAAAAGAGCUGUUCAAGAACCAGAUAAUCAUUGUUUCCAAGAGAUGAAGCUCACAAACUCUCAAAAUCCAACGGCCGUACUCUCGACUAUCACAACAAACCUUUGGCGUGAAGGUAUCCCAGUCUCUUUCUGGACCUUUCUCUUGCCGCCACAAGAGUCAGAAUAUAAGCAAAUUUGGCUUCCACCAUAUCAAUUCCAACGUACCCCACACUGGUUGGAAAACAUAGAUAGAGUGGUCGAAGCCCAAGACAAAAUCUCUUCAAUCAUUCCUAAGAAUACAGAAAAACUCGAAAUUCAAGCUCUCAAACAGCUUGUGAUGAAGAAAGACGGAUCACGAAAUGAAUACAAAAUCCAUAUUGAUACCGAGCGAUUCAUUAGAAUUGUAUCAGGUCAUGCAGUGAGAAAACAGCCAUUAUGCCCAGCAUCAAUGUAUAUGGAGUGUGCAGCGAUGGCAUUGCAGAUUGCAGGUGCUGAUGUUGAAACAAAGUCAAUGUUUUUUGAUGGCUUGACUUUCCAAGCUCCUCUUGGUGUUGACAUGAAACGAGAAGUCUCUUUGGUAUUGGAAGACUCUUCAACACCACAAACCUGGAGCUUUAUAGUCAAGAGUUCGUUGAAGACCGACUCAAAAUCCAGGCCCAUAGUACACGCAAAAGGAAUGAUUGGUUUGACUGCCCAACCACAACUUUCAACUUAUGAGAGACUUAUAUCAGAUCGUGUGCAUGCGUUGGUCAAGAAACCGAAUACUGAAAAAUUGAUGUCCAAACGAGCAUAUGGUCUUUUCUCGACAGUUGUACACUAUUCGAGUUUCUUACAUGGGAUUUCAAAUAUCACGAUGGAUGGAAAUCAGGCAAUUGCUGAAAUUGAGUUGCCUCCUUUUCCUGUUGAGGUGCAGGAGAGCACAAUCAAUCACAUUUGCGACACCAUCGCUUUAGAUACUUUUAUCCAAGUUGUUGGUUUACUUAUCAAUAGCAGCUCUCACUGCUCCUCUGAUGAAGUUUAUGUUGCCACUGGUGUUGAGAGUACAAUCAUGUCAGCUUCAUCAUGCGAUUUCAAGAACUGCAAGUAUUGGACAGUGUAUGCCAUGUUCACGCCAACCAGCAACACCCAAGCCACUGGUGAUAUCUAUGUUUUCACUCGAGAUGGCAAAUUGGUGAUGACAAGCACUGGAGUCGGCUUCACAAAGUUACUGAUAACAAAGCUCGAGAAGAUGCUUGCUGCAGCAAAUCCUAAGUCGUCGAACAACAUACCGCUGGAAGAAAAGCUCAUGAGAACGUUAACGCCGAUUACAACCCCAGGGUCACCAAUCGAGAAUGAUUCGAGAAGUAGCAUUGAUGAUUCUGAUGAUGAAGGGCCACCUACACCUACGGACUUGGUGUCGGGGGCAGACAAUCUGAAAAAUUUGAUUGCAUCAUAUACGGGUCUUUCUGACACGGAAAUCAUUGAUGAUGCGAAUAUUGGUGAUCUUGGAGUGGAUUCCUUGGCAGCCGUUGAACUUGCCGAGGAACUGCAAGCGAAAUUUGGGAAAGAGAUUGCAUCCGAGGAUCUUAUGAUGAGCAGCUAUGCAAAUUUGCUCCGAAUUUUUGUUUCCGCAUCACAACCAAGGAAAUCAAAGCCAAUAAGAACCAAAAUAGUGCCAGCUGAGAUCAGUCAGCAAACACCCGAUGCCUCUGAUAUGCAUGACAGAAAUUCACUACAAAGAGAAAAGGUCUUACAAAUGAUAUCUGAAAUAUGUGGAGCUCCAAUUGAUGAAAUUCGAGAUUCAGCAGCUCUACAAGACCUCGGUGUUGAUUCUCUUUCGGCCGUCGAACUGAAAAGUGAGCUUGAAGAUGCUUUUUCAAUCGAAAUUGAUGAUGAUGAUCUCAGUCUAGAGUCAACAGUCAAAGAAGUAUUAAAGUAUCUUGGCAUUGAGGCAAUCCAAAAACAGCAAAAGCCUAUCGCUGGAGUUCCAAGCUACGACGCGAGCUCAUCAAGUAGUUCUGAAAGAGCCAUGGAAAGUUCACCGAUUGUCCUAGCAAACCCUAUGGACGUAAUGGAGAAAUGUCAAGCAGCCUUUGAGCCUGCUGCAAUGAAGCUCGGAUAUAUCAAUUAUUGGUCUGAAGUUGGUCCAAAGCAAGAUGAAUUAUUGAUAGCAUACAUUGCAGAGGCGUUUAAAACACUUGAUGUUAACUUAUGGAAACUCGUCAAUGGGCAAGAGUUGCCGAAAAUUACUUAUCUUCCGAAACAUUUGAAGGUCAUGACUCGAUACAUGGAAAUACUGCAGUCAGGAGGGAUCAUUGAAAAGAAAGGCAGCAAAUAUCUCCGAACCUCAAGAACACUCAGAAAUACGAGUUCAAAUGACUUGCUUCAAGAUCUGUUGCGAAAAUAUCCUGCAUACGCAGCGGAAACGAGACUAAUGGAGUUAACUGGUCCAAAACUCGCGAGCUGUUUGAUAGGAAAAGCUGACCCUGUUGCGCUAAUGUUUGGUAGCGCGACAGCACAGAGGAUAAUGGGAGAUUAUUAUACUACUUCGCCUAUGCUUGGUACUCUUACUGAGCAGCUAGUUGAUUUUAUGAGGCAAAUCGUGAUCGAUACUACCGGUAAUGCACCAAUCAAAAUUCUAGAGGUUGGAGCUGGAUUUGGCGGAACGACCACACGGCUUGCAGAAGUUCUCCAAGAAAUUGGCCGGUCAGUUGAAUAUACUUUCACAGAUAUUUCUCCUUCACUUGUGAAAAAUGCCAAGGCAAAAUUUGCGAAGUAUGAUUGGAUGAAGUUCCAAACUUUCAACCUCGAAAAGGACAUCCCAGCAAAUAUGAGAGGACAAUAUGACAUCGCCAUAGGGACAAAUUGUGUCCAUGCAACCACUAACAAAACUUCUUCGACUACUCACUUGAGGGAAACUUUGAGAGAUGGCGGCUUUGUGGUUCUCUCUGAAGUUACGAAGCUUAUUGAUUUGUAUGAUGUCGUAUAUGGACUACUCGAUGGUUGGUGGUUAGGAAAUGAUGCCGAUUAUCCACUUCAACCACCUGAAUUUUGGAUGGAGUGCUUUAAAAAAGCGGGAUACGCUUCAGCUUCGUACACGGAAGGACCGACACCAGACUCCAAUACACAGCGUCUACUCAUUGCUUCCACCAAGCUCUUAAAGACUCCCAAUCGUGAAAUCGCUACGAAGCAGAAAUCGAAAUUGUGUCACAAAAUCGAUACAGUGACUUACAAAAUUGUUGACGGUGUUGAAGUACUGGCGGAUGUCUUCCUACCGGAAGUGGCGCCAAUCAAUCCAAUGCCUAUAGCCUUGAUGAUCCAUGGCGGCGGACAUAUGACCUUAUCGAGAAAAGCCAUUCGUCCAGCUCAAACAUCACUUCUCCUUGCGAAUAACGUAAUUCCGGUCAGUUUAGAUUACACAUUAUGCCCAGAGGUAGAUCUUAUCAAUGGUCCGAUAGCAGAUAUUCGUGAUGCAUACAUUUGGGCUCAAACUAAACUGCCAGGGCUUGUGAGCGAUGAAAGAAUCAAAAUAGAUCCUACCAAGAUUGUCAUGAUUGGUUGGUCAACGGGAGGCCAUCUGGCAAUGACAACCGCAUGGACAACAAAGGAUAUUGGCUUGGAACCUCCUUGUGCAAUAUUAGCAUUCUAUAGUCCAACGGAUUUCGAAUCGGGAGAUUUAGAUAUUAGUCGUGCGAAUCAAUACCCAGGAAGGAAACUAUCCUUAAACGCGAUUAGAAAAUCGCUCUCCAAGCGUCCGAUCACAAAUUAUGAUGCCGACAGUAGUGAUUCAACAGGCCUAGGCUGGGUUCGUCCAGGAGAUCCGAGAUCCGAGCUUGUUUUGUCUCUUUUUAAAGAAGGGAAUGGCCUUAGUAUUAUGCUGAAUGGUAUCUCUGAUGAUGACUGGCGUAGAAACCCGGAUCCAGAACGCGUCGCGUUCAUCAGUCCUAUGGCUCAACUUCGAUCUGGUAGAUACACCACACCAACGUUUUUAAUCCAUGGCGAGGAUGAUGAGAUUGUUCCAUUCCAUACGGCAAAGAAAUUCGUGACCGCUUUGAAGGAACAUGGGGUACGAUCUGGGAUCUUGGGAGUGUCUGGUGCGAAACAUAUUCAUGACUUGAAUUUGAGGCCGGGUGUGGAACAAUGGAGGCUGGGUGUUCAACCAGGAUACGAAUUCUUAUUCGAGAUACUAUCAAAAUUGUGAAAAUGAGGAGUGAAGAGAGUAGAUGGAAUGCAUAUUAGCUUUGUAGGCGCAC